AUGACCUCUCACCCAUUUUCUGCUGCAGUGGAUCCAGAUACCCGCGCACGAAGAGUGCACGAGUUCGUUGUCAACGUGACGCGAUGGGUGACCGAGUAUCGAGAGGACCAUCCCAACGCGCCAGUGGACGAAACCUAUAGGCUCAAGCAAUUCCGUCGCGCCGCGAGUGCUGAAGACGAAGAAGCGCGUAUUUUGCGUCCGACGCCUGGGGACGUCGAUCCCGAUAGCACGAUCGCUGCAGUGGCAAACUCAAAGGAAGAGCUGAGAUACCUCAGAAAGCAAUUUGCGGAGUGGGUGGCAUCCCAGACCACAAGCGACAACGGCGGCCAUUACUAUCAGAAUUAG